AUGGAAGACGAUGCAGCGGUGGAUAAAGAAACUCGUCUCCAACCGAAACUUGUUAAAAAAGAGUGCCGAGAAGAAUUAUUACAUCCAAAUUUUUGUGACAAUUUGUAUUCGCUUCCUGAAGACCUCAAAGUCGACUGGCUUUCAUAUUUGCAUGCUGAAAAUCUUGCUCGUAUAGCAGAUGCGAAAGAAUUCAGUAAACUUUUUUCGACUGAAUCAACCACUCAGUUUAUUUUUACGGUAUGUAUUCGGUUAAGGUUACCGCAGGAAGUCAAAUAUUCCGCUGCUCUAAUUUUUGAAACGUUUAUGGCGGAACAUGUGGAGGAGCUUUAUGCACUUGUUUAUAAAACAAAUUAUUCGGAAAGGAAGAAGUAUUACGAAUGGGAACGGGUCGAAACUACGGUUUCAAGGCAUAUAACACUUCGAAUUCUUUCUGCUAUUCAAGUAGCUUCAAAGUUGCACAAUUAUCACGAGAGCUUAUCACGAAAAGCGGUUCAAAUGUGUUUGAAAUCUAUAGGUUAUGCUUACACUGAAGACACCGUGAUGCUUUCUGAACUUCGCUUAUUAACCUCACUAGACUGGAAUCUGCAUUACCGCUGUACUCCGCUUGUAUAUGCAGAAACAUUACUCAAAAUGCUUGUUACGAGGUGGAAUAGGAAAUUAAACACAAGCGAUUACUGGCAGUACGUAUUACUUGUUCUAGAUUGUGUUUUCUUGUUCUGGAAUGACGUUUAUAAAAGGAUGUUGUCUAAUGUGCUUCGUGUACCUGCAGAAACCAUUCAUAGACAUCAGUACUGCAGGGUUGAGGCUGAUUGGGUUUUACUAAGUGCUGGAGUUAUCGCAACGGCCGCUAGCUGCUCUGAAGGCAUGGAAGUUGCAGAUAAAGUUAUUGUUCAGUUAGAAAAAAUAUGCGGUACACCAUUAACUGACAUAACAGAUAUGUGUGUCGCUAUUAUGGAGAGCAUAUUGGACCGUGAAAAAAAAAAUUGUCUUUCCGAAUCUGUUUCUUCUGAUGAAUUAAUUGUUUUCAUUUCCGACCUAUAA